GGCCUCAGCACCGCCGGGACCGGGGCGCCGGGCCGCCACCUCCCGGAGUCGGCCCUGCGCCCUCUGGAGACGCGCCGCCCGCGCCCAGGGUGGUGCCAUGUGGGGCGGACGCCGCCCGGCCGCCUCCUCCCGGGACGCCGCUUCGCUCCUGCGGCUGCUGCUGGCCGCGCUGCUGGCGGCGGGGGCGCGGGCCAGCGGCGAGUACUGCCACGGCUGGCUGGACGCGCAGGGCGUCUGGCGCAUCGGCUUCCAGUGCCCCGAGCGCUUCGACGGCGGCGACGCCACCAUCUGCUGCGGCAGCUGCGCGCUGCGCUACUGCUGCUCCAGCGCCGAGGCGCGCCUGGACCAGGGCGGCUGCGACAACGACCGCCAGCAGGGCGCCGGCGAGCCCGGCCGCGCGGACAAAGACGGCCCCGACGGUUCGGCAGUCCCCAUCUAUGUGCCCUUCCUCAUCGUCGGGUCGGUGUUUGUCGCCUUCAUCAUCUUGGGGUCCCUGGUGGCCGCCUGCUGCUGCAGAUGCCUGCGGCCCAAGCAGGAGCCCCAGCAGAGCCGGGCCCCGGGGGGGCCCCGCAUGGUGGAGACCAUCCCCAUGAUCCCCAGCGCCAGCACCUCCCGAGGCUCCUCUUCCCGCCAAUCCAGCACGGCCGCCAGCUCCAGCUCCAGCGCCAACUCGGGGGCCCGGGGGCCCCCGACCAGGUCACAGACCAACUGUUGUUUGCCCGAGGGCACCAUGAACAAUGUGUACGUCAACAUGCCCACAAACUUCUCCGUGCUCAACUGUCAGCAGGCCACCCAGAUUGUGCCCCACCAGGGGCAGUACCUGCACCCCCCCUUCGUGGGGUACACGGUGCAGCACGACUCGGUGCCCAUGACCCCGGUGCCCCCGUUCCUGGACGGGCUGCAGACGGGCUACAGGCAGAUCCAGGCCCCCUUCCCUCACACUAACAGCGAACAGAAGAUGUACCCAGCCGUGACUGUGUAACGCAAGGUGAGGCCGGGGUCCUGUACCAGACAGAGGGAGGCAGAAGCUGUGGGCUUGGGAAGGAUUCUCAACGUGGAAGUCCCAGCGUAUCGCUGGUGUUUGUGGCACGAUUCUGUUGGAUGGCUUGCUUUGCCCCCAAACUGUAUGAAAACAUGUUUCUCCAAAUUAGCGUUUCUGGACAUGUUUCAUCCCAGUGCAUGAUUGAUUUAUGAUGGAGAAGAGCAUCCCCUGGAGAUGCCUGUAUCGUCGCCAAUGGUUGUGUGACACAUGUGAGCCCUUAAGUGCCCUUGAGGUGUGGCUGUCAAAAGAAUUUUGUAAACUGAUGAAGUGUUUUUAUUAUUUCGUUACUGUUACUUCUUUUUUAUGUUUUAUUGUAUUGGUACAAGAUCAGAAUAGUUGUUCCCUCCCUUUUACCUGGGCCAGCUUCUAAUAAGCAUCCAAGGUUUUAGGGGGGAUGUAAAGAGUACAAUUCUUAUAAAAGGAAACCAAUUUGGACUCUGAGGUGAGUCCUUGAUCCAAGCAUUUCCCAGGCACAUCUUAAUUCAUUGUAAAAAGAUAUAUAUAUAUUGUCUAUUUUUGUGCUUUUUUUGGGUCUAUUUUGUGCUUUUUUACCUUGUGUAGAGAUCUUAUUACAAAGUGAUUUCCUACAUUAAAAAGAGGCUGAAAGAAAUUGUAUAGUUACUUAACUGAUGACAUUUCAGAACUCUGGGAUUAUUUUAAUCUUGAAGUAGUUAUGGUGUAGUAAUAAAACCAUUCAGCCCCUUCUCGAUUGUAUCUUUUAAAUUUCUGACUUUACAUUGACAUCUGAGAAGAGUAAUAAAGUGUUUUCAUAUUGAAAUCAUAAACUCUAUCACCUGCUCCUUCUCCAAAUGACUCUUAAUUUUGCUGUGUGGUAUGGCUUGGCAUUUCACUCUGUUUGGCGUUCAGACCUCCGUGUUCAUAUAGUACUGAGUGCAGGUAAUUACUGUUGUUAUAAAUGAACGUCAGCCUUUCUGCCUAGAUCUGAUAAAACAUUUUCUUGUCUUCCCUAGAAAAGCUCAAAGAAACGCUUGCAGAGAGAGAUACUUAGUAUCGCUCCUCAGCCAAAAUCUGAGACUUGGGAUGAAAUUUAAACCACAGAUUCAAUUUACUUCGCAAAUCAUAGGCUUUUUAUACUGUCGUUAUCAAAAUGUCUUGUUUUUCAGGCAAGAGAGACUAUCAAGUUGAGAAGAGCUUUUCAAAGAGAUAUUGCCUUUCUUCCCCACAAAGUUAGUUCUUGUUCUCCUCUCUCUUUUAGUCCUCAGCAAGCACUGUAUUCAUUACCAGUGUUCUGAAUUAUGAAAUUCAAGUGAAUUUAUUUGUGUAUUGUUCCCUUACAAGAAAUAAGUUGAAGUGUGUGCCAGUAAAUUUCCAACUGCUAGCAAAACCAAGAUUUGUAAUUAAAUGGUUGUAAGGUAUGGUCUUUUACACAUAUUUAUAUCUGUAUCUAUGGUCAUCUGUCUAUGAUCUAUCUACCUUUUCUAUCACCUGUCUGUAUCUCUGUCUAUCUCAUGAUUGAAAAAUGUAAAACCAUUGUUGGCAGUUGGUGUCAACAAAGAUACCCCAUCAAAUCUUUUAAUAGCCAAAGGCAGGGGAAAAUCAUUUUACUUAUUAAUAAAUAUUUUAUGGCAUGAA